AUGGUUGCUAUAUCAACCCUUCUACAACCACCGAUCGUCCGAACAGGACUACUACCGCAUACGUCGGCACCUGCCUCAAGUGCGCACAGAGCACCAAACGCCCGGGAUAUUCCUCCCGUCACCCUCACAAAUAUUCCCCGAAUCGACCCCGCCGAGUUCAAGCCGUACCUGUCACAAGUCGGCGCAUUAUAUGAGCAGCUGAAGCGAGUCAAGGAACAAGAAGAAGAAGGAGGCGCUGGCCGACGAGGAAGCAAACAUGACGAUGCCUUCGAGACCACGGACGAAGGUCACCUGCGGCCUGAGAGUCGACCGCCCUAUCCAGCCCGCAAAUCCUCAAUCGCCUCAUUAUCGUCCAUCACAUCAUUCGACGCACCAGGUUCCGCCCGAAGAUCAUCUGGUACGAGUCGCAAAGGAACCCAGGGGCCGCCACCUCUGUCGACGAUCCCCAACGUAUAUUUUGAUGACGACUUUCAUCUCGAGAACCCACGAACAUUCGACGUUGUCAGUGAGCGCUCUGAAGUCGUUCGCCCCGCGCCAGGAAGCACAGAUGAAAGAGCGGCCAGUAACGGCCACGCCGCGGCACCACGGAAAGCUCUCGCCACGAAUGCCAUCUUGCAAGAGAAGCUAUCGUGGUACAUGGACACAAUUGAGAUGCACCUGAUCAGCUCCAUCUCCACAGCGUCUACAACCUUCUUCACAGCUUUGGGUUCCUUACGAGAGCUUCACUCUGAAGCCGCCGAGUCCGUGGAUAGGAUCAAAACGCUUCGACAAGAAUUGGAGGCUUUAGACAAAGAGAUUCCACAGACUGGGCUGGACAUUGUGCAAAAGAGGCGGCGCCGUGAAAAUAUACAACAGCUGAACGACGCGGUGGUGCAGCUACGACACAUUGUCGAAGGUGUGGGCAAUUGCGAGAAUCUUGUCGACGAAGGACAGGUUGAGCAAGCCCUGACAGGAAUGGACUCGCUGGAGCUGCUGAUUGCCGGUGAAGUCGGUGAGGAGAACGGCCUUGCAGCAACAAAGGCGCCUGCGCUCCAGGCAAUCCACUUGCGAGACCUGAGGGGAGCCACGGCGCUUCAGGGCGUCAACGAUGAUCUCAAUACUUUGCGAUUCCGCGUCGGAAAAGCUUUUGAGACUAAGUUCACCAACGUGCUUCUGGGCGAUCUGCGGCGACAUCUCGAAACCGUCAGCCAUGCGGAUGUGCUCCUACGGUGGGGCACAUCAUCAAUGCGGGCCAGGGGAACGCACUCGCGAGAGCCUUCGGCGUUACCGACCUACUUGGCAUCGACCAGCGAGCUGCGCGCUACUAUUCCACCUAACCUGGACGGAUUACAUCGCGCAAAGCAUAUUGCCAUCGCUACAAGUGCAUAUCGCGAGGCCAUCCUGCGCGAGAUAAGAAACUUGAUUAGAAAGCCGUUGCCCAGUUCUAAUGAUGACGAUAAUGAGUCGAUGAUGUCGGCCUCCACCAUGAGCGGCGGCCGGAAUCUGUCGAGCAAAGAAAAGUCUUCGAUAUUGGCGCGCAAUCUGAGAGCACUGGAUCCCAAGGAUGCAGAGGAUCUUCUCAAAUCGAUUUACAUUGGUGUUACUGAGACUCUUCGCAGACUUACCACGCAGGUCAAGGUCUUACUCGACGUAGCAAGCUCCUUGUCAGGCUCCGGCACCUCAGGCGUCAAAUCGCCCCCUAUCCGAUCACCACUGACUAGCCCGAACCCGGACAGGUACUCCUCGCAACUGGAUACGUCAGCCUUUGAGAUCCAAGAGGAGAUUCACAAAGCCAUGGACAUUUCAAAUCUUGUCGGUCAGGCUGUCGAUGUGGCCCAGGACAAAAUUGUCAAGGUACUCAAGGUACGAGCCGAUCAGGCGUCACACUUGUCUCUGGACUGGUUCCUGCGGUACUUCACCCUCAACCUCUAUUUUGCGAAUGAGUGCGAAGCCAUUUCUGGCCGGAGUGGCACGUCGCUCAAGACGGUGGUUAAUGGCCAUAUCCGAGAGUUUGUGCAGCAACACGGCGAGGCGGAGAAGCAGAAGCUCGCGCAGGGCAUGGAGUCUGACCAGUGGAACGCCAAAGAUUUCAGCGACAGAGAUACGACGCUCCUGAAUCAGAUCCUGGAGAGCAGCACUAAGGAUGCCGCUGCCUGGUCUGAGGGGACCAAAAUCUGGACGGAGUAUACUGAGGAACAAACCAAUGGAGACGAGGCGGCUUCAGAAGCCAACGGCACCGGCAAGGAAAAGACGCGGACAGCAAUGAUUGAGGGCGAGAGCUUCCUUCUCCCAAACUCGGCCAUUCUCUGUCUCGAGGGCUUGUCGCAGUUCAUGCACCUGAUGGCUGGCAUCCCCUCGAUGACGACCGACGUCGCCACAUCGCUCAUUGCCUACCUUCAUCUCUUCAACUCCCGAUGCACCCAGCUCAUUUUGGGUGCCGGCGCAACUCGAUCCGCCGGUCUGAAGAACAUCACCACGAGGCACCUAGCGCUCGCGUCUCAGGCUCUGUCACUGAUUGUAACACUGAUUCCCCACAUUCGCGAAUUUGUUCGACGUCGUGCUGGCUCGGGAGCGGGCGUGUCAAGUCUGAUGGCCGAGUUCGACAAGGUCCGCAGGCUGUUCCAGGAGCACCAGAACAGCAUCUACGACAAGCUUGUCGACAUAAUGAGCGGGCGUGCGGCACAACAUUCCAAGGCUGUCAAGGCCAUCGACUGGGACAGUGAGGGCAGCAGGGCGGUCCGUCCGUACAUGGAGACGCUGGCGAAGGAAACAACAACACUCCAUCGCGUCUUGACCAAACAUCUCCCCGAAGGUGCUGUGCAGAUGAUCAUGGGCCCCGUGUUCGCGAGCUACAAGGAUCAGCUGGGUACGGUCUUCCAAGCGGCGGACCCGAGGACCCCGGCCGGGCAAGACAGUAUGCGGCGCGAUGUCGAAUUCCUCGUCACCAAGCUCGGCAAAGUCGACGGGUUUGGAACGACGGGCGAACACCUGACAAGCAUCAUCAACUCCAAGCAAAUCGAGGCGCCAGCACAGCCAGCGCAGCCGGAACCAGCAACAGCGGACCCAACUCCGUCUUCGGCGACGGUAGACGCCGCCGAAGCAAAAGCAGACGACAAGGCGGCAGAGAAGGGACCCCCCUCGCCAGAGAGCGGAUCCGAUAUCCAGGCUUCGAAGGCAUUGAGCGAGAAAGACGAGGCGUCUCAGAAGACCGAAACAGAAUAA